AUGAAGUGGAAAGAGGGGGAUAGAAUAGAUGGGCAGUUUGGUAGUUGGGAACCUCAUAACAAGUUGCAUUGGCAGAGAAGAGAGCCUGAGACAGACACAGAGUCCACAGACAAAGAACUCUUACCAGGUCAUAAACCAAAUUUGCAUCAAUCUCUUAUGGACCUGGCUCUUUCUUCUCCAUUGUUCCCUUCAAGUGCAACAAGAGGUGUAAAUAAGAUUAAGCCUUACAGCUCAAUGCUUAUUGCCACCCAAAAGGUGUCCACUCGGAAAUUCUUUCCAUGUUUGGCAGCUGUUGCUAACCAGACAGCCCAGACAGUGGAGGUUGAGGUAGAGAGCAAAAAACAUGAGCUGUUGAGAGCUAUCCAAGACACCCAAAGGGGCCUUGUUACGACUGAUGAUCAACGCUCUUCUAUAGAGGAGGCUCUGGUGAGUGUGGAGGGUUAUAACAAGGGUGCACCGUUAGACUUGGUGAAAUUAGAUGGGACAUGGCGUUUGCAAUAUACUUCUGCUUCUGAUGUUCUCAUUCUUCUGGAAGCUGCUGCAAGGGUACCCUUUUUUCAGGUUGGGCAGAUUUUUCAGAAAUUUGAAUGCAAAGACCAGUCCAGCGGAGGAGUAAUCCGUAAUGUUGUCAGAUGGAGUGUGCCGCCAUUGUUAGAGGAACAAGAAGGUGCCACUCUGCUAGUUUCUGCAAAAUUUUCGGUUGUUUCUGUGCGUAACAUCUACCUUCAGUUUGAAGAGAUUAAUGUUCAAAAUAUCAAAAUUAGUGAAGAGCUGCAGGCUCUAAUAGCUCCAGCAAUAUUGCCACGAUCAUUUUUAAGUUUACAGAUCUUGCAGUACCUCCGUAAUUUCAAAGCUCAAAUUCCGGUUAGAGACCCAGGACGGCAAUCAGUAGGAGGACUAUAUUACCUUUCUUACUUGGAUGCUAAUAUGCUUCUGGGGCGUGCUGUUGGUGGUGGAGGAGUUUUUGUUUUCACCAAAGCUCAACCUCUGAACUAG